CUGGUAGAGAUGAAAAUGAUGCUCCUGGAAUGAGGGUUGGGCUGUUUCUGUGCGAAAGGGGUGAUAUAAACCCUAGUUGGUGUUCAAAGUAUGGAUCUUGAUUGGUUUGCGCUGAAGGGUAAGAUCUGGGGUUGAGUUUCUUGACGACAGAAACGAAGCUGAGGCGGUUCAAGUUCGUGGGGUUUGCAGAUCUGUGAUCCAACAACAUUCAGACACGCGCAUAAGAAUCUGGGUGCUUUUUGAUUGGAGGAUGAUUCCGAAGCUUUUCUUGUUUUUGUCCGGUGGAGAGAGGAAGAGAGAGAAAGAGUGACAGAAGAGAGUGAGCACACGCAGGCAAUUGUGUGAGGGUCAUGCCUUUGCGGGUGCGUGCUCACUUCUCUUCUGUCAGUCUCCACUUGCUUCCCUUUUUAGCAGUUUCCAAGUUGUUUCCUCUCUCUCCCUCUCGCUCUCAUUAAGAAAAGAUUUAUAUUUGCUGGGCCUUCUUGACACAUAAUUUUAUGUGUCCCCAGAGGAGGGCUGUGCUGAUUUCUCCAUCUGGCGGCUUCUUGGUCAUUCUGAAUCAGAAUCAUACGUUAUUUACUUUCAUACCUGGCCAGGUGUCCAUCUCGUAUCCACAUGUCUCUUGCUCUCUGAGGGUUCUGGAAAAGAAAGGAAAGCAAGCUUUGUGAAGGCGAUCGGUAGCUGAAAAACUUCUUUGGCUCUAUUCUCACUGUCUCUGGCGUUGGCAGGUUGAAGAUCAAGAGAAUUCAAGCGUGCCGAACGAUUAUCUCGGUCAUUGUUCGUGUGCUUCGUCUUUUCAUUGUUUUAUUAAUUUGCCAAAUGUUAGCUUUCCCUCGUUUAUCCAUCCAAGAAAUGCAUAGUUAAUAUCUCUUAAAGAAUGAAAAAUUGGGCAACUGGAGCGACUUUUCAUGGUUAUUUGCCUCGUUUCACUAUUCAUGUUUAACGGAAAAACUGCAAAAUUUUAUGCUUAGCACAUAGCCAACACAUACACACUCUCUCGCUCUCUCAUGUUUUUUCUUCAGCGGGAUGCAAUUUUCCUCAGAAGGCAAUAUGUGGAGGUAAGUUUUAUCGCAAUCUGGCGCUGAUGGUGGGUUCUUGAAUUUCCAUAUACGAAACCCUAUUUUGGGUUCAAGAAAUUCAAACCGAGAGAAAGUUUACUUAUAUUUCGUUUCUUGAAAUCUCAUCAAGCAUUAUUUUCCUGCAGCUUUUUGAAAAUCUUGUAGCAGAGAGGGGCUAGGACCUUCUGAAAUAUACAUUGUUUCCAGUACGAAUUGGCCCUAAAUAUGGCAAGAUCCAUCUCUUUCCUCUUUUGGGUCGAUGCACACUGUGUUAUUGCCAUGAGUGAAGAGAAGAUUUCAUGGGUUCUCUGGGCUUUGCUUUCUCCCUGGGGAGCACCAAAAUUUAAUUGCUUCUGUUUCCGACCGCGCGGCGGAGCAGGAUGGCCAUGGAGGAGGAAACAUUGAGCGUGAUAUCAAACGGCGAUAGGAACAUCUUAGUUGAAGGAUCAGAUUCAAAUGGCAGCGCCUUGCCAUCACGCUCAAGCAAUAAGCGCGCUCGGCAGAGUCCUAAUGGUGCGACCUCGAAAUUCAAAGGAGUCGUCCAGCAACAGAAUGGACACUGGGGAGCGCAAAUAUACGCCAACCACCAGAGAAUUUGGCUUGGGACCUUCAAGUCCGACGAGGAAGCGGCGAUGGCCUACGACAGCGCCGCCAUAAAGCUCCGGAGCGGGGAUCCGCACCGCAAUUUUCCGUGGUCAAAGCUCUCGGUCGAGGAGCUCAACUUCCAGAGCUGCUACUCCACCGAGGCCGUGCUCACCAUGAUCAAGGACGGCACCUACAAAUCCAAGUUCGCCGACUUUGUGAGGGCUCGGACCAACGCACCCCACCAGGAGGCGGGCCUCGACCUAGUCCUGGCCCACCCCAAUGGGGGGCUCGUGUGCAGGCAGCUCUUCCAGAAGGAGCUGACGCCUAGCGAUGUGGGGAAGCUGAACCGGCUCGUCAUCCCGAAGAAGUUUGCCAUGAAGUACCUCCCCCGCAUCUCGGGGGGCUUGGAGGCCGGGAAGGGCGAUGCGCCGCUGCAGCUCCGCACCUUGGGCCUGGAUGACGUGCAGCUGGUGUUCUACGACCGGUCGAUGCGGUCGUGGAAGUUCCGGUACUGCUACUGGAGCAGCAGCCACAGCUUCGUGUUCACGAGGGGUUGGAACCGGUUCGUGAAGGAGAAGGAGCUGAAGGCAAACGACACGGUCGCCUUCUACAUGUGCGAGUACCGAGAACCGCGGAAGGAAGGGAGGACGUUCUGCAUGAUCGAUGUGCACCGGAGGGACAAUAACGGCGGCGGGCUGGGUGAGAAGGCCAAGGGAAGCAUCGAGAUCAUGCCAGCGGAGGGUGAGAUGAAGGAUGAGAGCAGCAUGAAGAUGAAGAAGGGCCUCAAACUCUUUGGUGUUGUAAUCAGUUAAAAAAAAUCAAACACCCCCUGGCUUAAACAUGUUUUGAUUCUUGGGUUUUAGCCAACGGUGAGUCUUUUCAUUUAUUUGUUUCAUGUUUGUUCUAAGUUUAAUAUGGCAGAUGUGAGAGUUGGUGCUUCCCAAGUUGCUUAAGUCACAAACAAUGUGGUCUUGAAAAUGCCAAGAUUUACUUGGUGGAAUAGCAAAUUUAUUUCUCUA